AGAAAAGAAUGAGCAUGACAAGCAGAUCGUGGAGCCAAAGAAUGUAAAAUCACAAUUGUGCAUUCUUCUUGUGCCCUCGCUUCCGCUCUCGUCACACUCACACACACUUACACACUCGCCAACACGCAUACACUACUUUUCUUUUCUUUUUUUUCUUUUCGGCGUCUAGGUCUCUCCUCUUACUUUCUUCGUUGUUCAUUCAGAUGAGUAAGCUUAUUCAUAGCAAUUAGCAGCUUUUCAUCUCUACCCUGCGGAGUUCUCGCGCGAACGAUUCGUGUAUUUCUUUUACUCCGCGAGGCGGCAUAAGAUCGAAAAUGAAAACGAGUCGCCGUCACGCAACGCUGGAGGAAGUGGUCGACCCGUCCCCGUUCGAUUACACACUGUUGAGUCACCUCUACGUCCACUCCGACGGCACCGAUGUGAUCGACUUUGGCGGUUUCAGGCCGGGCAAGGAAAGCCGCGGGAGAGUCAACUCGUUUCUGAAGAACCGCAGCUUUGCUCAGGGGACCUACCCUGCGGCGCCGCCCGAGUCGCGCGGGUCGUAUCUGCACCUGCGCGUGCAGGAGCACGCAGACGACGCGACGUGUCCUGAUGUCGCCUCGACGCACGACCCCUUUCCUCCUUCCAAAGUUCCAUCUUCGGUGGCGGGGUCGGCGGUGCACGGACACGACGACGCCUCGAACCUGGUGCGGAUUGAGGACAGCGCGGAGCACUGGUGGCUCAUGUGCCAGCACGACGAAAGCACGGCCCCAUUUGCGCGUCAGUUCCAUCACGCGGAGGGACUGGCGCGUUAUCUGGACUCGCACGACAUGCACCUCCCCACCGGCGAGCUGUACGACAACGAGGAGGAGGAGGACGUCGACGAGGACGAAGGGGACGGCCGCACCGCCGCCACCAAAGACCGACGUGCACAGCAGGAAGACGAAGCGACCACAACGGCGCCGGGCACACGCAACGGCAACCAUCCCGACGAUGUGUCUGCUGCUGCGGCGGCGGAGAAGUCGCCCAGCGCCGGCCCGCCGCUCCCACUGGCGAAGUGGCUGGAUGUGCAAGUUGAUCGCACGCAACCCCACAGCGCGGAGCGGGUGGCGCGGCUGCUGGAUAUGCUGCCGAUUUCCCAGGAAACCAAGGACAACUGCUUGUACCUGUCUAUGGCAGACUCGGUUGACAUCAACUCCGCCGCGACUGGGGAGGCCUCGGACACCACGUCCGGUUACGUGUUCUUGAACCUGAUGUGUACCCCAGUGAUCGAGAAUUCCGACGAGGCGGACGCGAUGUCCGAGAACGCAGAGAAGAAGAAGGGCUUUUUAAGCCACCUCGCCGGUGCACACCCGAGAGACAAAGAAACGACGAAGAACAAGAACAAGAAGGGAACGGCGCCACGCCGACACCCUCUUACUAACUGCAGCGUGAUGGAGAUGCAGUUUGAGGCGGUCCGCGUGGGAGCCCCACGCUCCUCGGUGCCGGACGCGGUGCCCGUUGGCAUCAUCGUCUUCGCGGAUUGGAUGUUCACCAUUCACGACAAGCCGUUUGCGGAGAUGGACGACUUGCUGCGCAUGGUGCAGCUGCACUGCGCCCCGCCGGAGCUCACCGCGGCUCGGCUGCACAGCAACGUUCUCCUCGCCCCCUCGAUGCGGCGCCGCUUUACCGCGCCCUACAUUCUGAGUGUCUUCUUGCAGAUUGCCGUGGGCCACCACCUCGACAGCAUCACGCUUGCCCAAGUCGUGGACGAGUUGGGUGAUACCGUGUUUGCGGUGAAGGAAAAGCAGCGGGACCAGGACCAGGUGGUGAAGCGCAUUACGGCGGUGCGUCGCUGCUUCGGCGAGUGUGGCGCCGAGACGGCGCGCCGCGAAGUUGUAUUUGCCACCCUGUUGCAGCCCAUGGCGGCCGAGCAGUUCUUCGUGGCGGACCCGACAAUUCGGCGCGAGCUCGAAAACGCGCAGGCGCACCUGUGGCAGUUUCAGCGCGAGAUCAGCGACUGCCGCGACACGGUGGCGGUGUCGAACUGGUACCACAACGUCGCCAUCCAGUGGUUUCUCCUCCGCCGCGGCAACCGCGCCCUGCGAAUGCUGCUGUUGCUCACGGAGGUGUCGAACAUUAUGUACCCCAUCGUGAUGGUGCAGACGCUUUAUGCGAUGAACGUUCCGGUGCCUUUUGAUGCCGGCGCUGACCCGCCGAACACCUCGCUGGCGCCCUUCUUUGUGUUGGCGGCAAUCUUUGUGGCCUACUCCAUGCUGUCCUUCAGAGCUCUGCACACCGUUCUGCGCCGCAAGACUUUCGCGACCCGCUUCCUCGCUUAA